GACUUUAGUUAUUAGAUCUAGAAAUAUGGCGGAUGGAUAAUCUCUAGUAACUAGAUCUAGAAUCUAGUUUAGAUCUAUUUCCUAGAUCUCUGUAUAGAUCUAGAAUAAAAUUAGUCUAGUCCAACGAAAUGUCUUUUUAAUCUGAAAUAAAGAGUCAGUUCUCAAAGUAAUUUUUUGUGAAGCUAAAAAGAAAAAUGCCACCAACUUCAGGUGAAUUGUGGGAGCAUCACUUGAUGCCCCAGCAGGUGGAUGUGGAUUGUCUUCUCCCUACAGGGGUCAUUGUUCCAUUGCUGUGCUCACGUGACUCAACCCUAGAAACCAUCAAAAAAGACUUAUGGCUGGAGGCCAGAAAAUAUCCUCUUUUUCACAAACUCAUGGAAUCCGAAUCUUAUAUAUUCCUGGGUAUAACACAAGAUGCAAUGAAGGAAGAGUUCUACGAUGAGACUCGGCGACUGUGUGAUCUACGAUUAUUUCAGCCUAUUCUGAAAGUUAUGGAACCUAAAGGAAACAGACAAGAAAAAAUGCUGAACUAUGAAAUAGGCAUGCUUAUUGGAGUUCCUGUGAAUGAGUUCAAUGAAAACAAAGAUUUAGAGGUUAUUACUUUUCGCAGGAAUAUUUUGAAGGCCUGUAAAGAUGUAGUUGAUAACCGAGAUCAGCAGGGAGACCAUACAAGAGCUCUUUAUGCAUAUCCUCCUGACAUAGAUUCAUCAGAAAUGCCUAAACAUUUGAUGGAUAAAUUAAAAGAAAACCCAGUGUUUCUCUUUGCAGAAAACUCAGUGUUCAUUUGUGUAUGGGUGGUGUCAGAUGACAAUAACAGAAUGAAGUACACAGUCAAAGUGCCCUUGACUGCAUUCCCUAGUGAUGUUAUUGCAGAGACCAUUAGGCGCAGGUCUCGUUUUAUGAACAUGACCAAAGAACAUGCAGAGAGAUGCAUCGAAGAGUACCGGCAUCUCUAUGUCCUUAAAGUAUGUGGCUGUGAUCAGUUCUUGCUAGCAGAAUGCCCAAUUAGUCAAUAUAAAUGUAUAAGAGAAAGUCUUAUCAAAGAAAGCAUUGCACAGCUUAUGCUUCAUACCAAAGAAAGUGUUUAUGCUACUCUUCCUGAAACCAAUUUUUCUUGGCCAUCUUAUGUGCAAAGAGGCAUUCAGGCUCUUGCAGAAAUCAACCAAACACAAACUCUCUUCAUCUGGGAAGUACAAGCUAAACUUCGAGUCAAAAUAAAUUGUGCAACUUAUGUCAAUGUCAAAGAGUUAGGCAAGAUCUACAUACGUGCUUGUAUAUAUCAUGGUACUGAAGCACUAUGUGAAGCCAUCAACACUAACAUGGCAGACUCCUCCAGCCCUAGAUGGGAUCAGUGGUUAGAGUUUCUUAUGUUACCUGACCUUCCCAGAUCAGCCAGACUGUGUCUCUCAAUAUGUUCAGAGUCCAAAAGAAGAAACAGAAAGGUUCAAUUUGCUCUGGCUUGGGGCAAUCUUCAGCUCUUUGAUUUCAAUAAGCGCCAUCUCACUGGGAAAUAUAGCCUGUAUAUGUGGUCAAUGCCUCAAGGCAUGGAUGAUUUGUUAAAUCCUAUUGGUAUACCAGGUUCCAAUCCUCAGAAAGAUUGUCCUUGUUUAGAAAUAGAGUUUGAUCGUUUUUUGCACCCUCUCUCUUAUCCUCCAGACAGCUAUUUUGAGCAGCUAGCAAAUGUUGUUAUGAUUAAAGAGGCUCAACAGGGACAUCCUGCCAAACCAACAGAGAAUGAAUUGAGGUGUCUAGAUGAGAUUAUUGAAAAAGACCCUCUGUCAGAUAUAUCAGAACAAGACAAAGCAUUAUUAUGGAAGUUAAGAGAAAUUUGUUUGACUCGUCCCAAAGCUUUGCCGAAACUUCUGUCUGCAGUCAAAUGGAGUGAUAGAGAGAGUGUUGCAUUGCUGUAUGAACUUCUCAGGAGGUGGCCAAUCAUUCCUUGUGAGGUUGCUUUAGAACUAUUAGAUUGUUCCUACACUGAUCUUGUGGUCAGGGAGUAUGCUGUAAAAUGUCUAGACCAGAGACUCAAAGAUGAUAAACUAGCCCAGUAUUUGUUACAAUUAGUUCAGGCUAUCAAAUAUGAACCUUAUUUGGAAAGUCCAUUGACAACGUUCCUGCUGAAACGAAGUUUAUUUAGUCAAAGAAUCGGCAAUGCAUUUUUCUGGCAUCUUAAGUCAGAGAUGCACCAAACAUCAACUCGACUCAGGUUCGGUCUCAUACUAGAAGCAUAUUGCCGAGGCUGUGGCCCUUAUAUCAAGAACCUGGCUCAACAAGUAGAAGCCCUUGAUAAACUUACCAAGCUUUCAGACAUGCUCAAGCAUGAAAUCGCUGCGGAUGAGCACAUGAAAUAUCUCCACACCCAACUCCAGCAGCCUGACUACAAGGAAGCCUUACAGAACUUACACAGUCCCCUCAACACAUCACACAUUCUUGGGGAAAUCAACCUUGAAGAAUGUUGUGUCAAAACAAGCAAAAAACUUCCCUUAUGGCUAGUUUGGUCUAACCCAGAUGCCAUGGCUGACAUGGGGGACAUGCACUAUAGAAUAAUGUUCAAGAACGGAGAUGACUUGCGACAAGACAUGUUAACAUUACAAGUUAUCAGGAUCAUGGACUCGAUCUGGAAAAAUGAAGGAUUAGAUCUCAGACUGAUUCCUUAUGGCUGCCUAUCCACUGGCAAAGAAGUGGGCGUGAUUGAGAUAGUGAAAAAUGCAAAGACCAUAACAGCUAUACAGUCCAGAGGAGGGACUCUGUCAUCCAUACAAAUUGACUCAUCUCAGCUUCAUAAGUGGAUCAAGGACCAAAAUCCUGACAGGUAUGAACAUGCUAUAGAGUUGUUUAAAAGAUCGUGUGCAGGGUAUUGUGUUGCUACCUUCAUACUUGGUAUCGGUGACCGACAUCCAGAAAACAUCAUGGUUACCUCAGAAGGUCAGGUAUUUCACAUUGAUUUUGGUCAUUUUUUGGACCACAAAAAGAAGAAAUUUGGUAUCAACCGUGAGAGAGUGCCAUUUGUCUUGACAGAAGAUUUUCUCAAAGUGAUUGCUGAGGGAGCAGAUAAAACAUCAAAGCAUCCAGGGUUUAAACAGUUCCAAGAAUUGUGUGGUAAUGCCUACCUCAUUUUACGCAAGCAUGCCAAUUUGUUCAUCACUCUGUUCACCAUGAUGCUUCAGUGUGGUAUUCCAGAGCUGCAAUCUUUAGAUGACAUUGGUUACAUACGCAAGACUUUAGCAGUGGAAAAAACUGAAGAGAAAGCCCUUGAAUAUUUUCAGCAACAAUUCCACAGUGCAUAUGGUGACUCAUGGACCACUAAAGUAGACUGGUUUUUCCACAACUUUAUACAUUCAAAAACUUAGGCAACAUUGAAUUAUCUCAUGGCAACAUUGGAUUACCACAACUGUGUGAUUAAACUAUAGACCAGACUUUUGGACUUUAAUUCAGGUCAACUCAGAAUAAUCUGUGUUGUGAUUAAAUCAAUUGUUGAAUAUCUUCAGAGUGCAUGUGUGUGUGUUCUUUUGAUGUACAAGUGUUUACAUCUCAUUGUAUGAUUCAUAGGGUAUUUGUUUUAUGUCAUUCAGUUUUUUGGUAAUUAAGCCUAAAUGAUAUUAUUGAUUUGUCCCAACUAUUGUCUUUUCUCUGUUAUUUUUUUGUUUGCAGAUGUUUUGAAACAAAAAUUUGUUUUAUUCAUUGAUUGAAACCUUUUUUCUACAGUUCAUUACAAUGUAUAUUUGCUAACUUUCUUUCCUUGGCAUUAUUAAAACAUAGAUCUUUUGUUUGUAUUUAGGGCUCAAACUACUUUAUACCCAUCCUAAUGUAAAUCAUAAUUUCUAUUCUAAGGGUCAUUAUUGUCCUUUAUUUUGGCCAGCAUAAUAAAACAACAAACAAUAGUCUUCAAAUAUUUUGUUUCUAAACAUUUUUUUUUUUGGCAUUCAACUUUGAGCGCUAAGAGAAUUUUAGGCUAUCAAAGAAUAGAAAGGAAUGGAUAACAAUGUAUAAAGAGCUAUCAGGAAUCAAGCUAAUUUAUGUCAAAUUUCCUCAUGCCCAGAAUGUAAUUAACUUUUUCAAAACAAAGAUUGAAUUCAGUCCUCUUCUAGUACAUAGAAAAUAUGCUCAUCUUUGCACAUAGUUCACAGUUUAUGAAGGUGUAGCUUCAUCAGGAAAACAUAUUUCUUGGGAAUUGUACCAGUAUUUUAGCUGAAGUUAACUAUAAAUAGAUUGCUUCAGAAUAUUUUUUUUUUCUAGAUAAAAAUGUCUUUGUGUAAAGUACUUUAAGUUUAACAAUUUUUAAAAAGUCUUUGUUUUCAUUUUAAUUUUAGAACACUUUACUUUCCUGUUAGUUGUUUUAAAGUUUGUAUUGAGUUAUGAGCGGCUUUUAUUUUUUUAGUAGACAUUGUCUUUUUUUGUUUUAUUAAAUGUUCAUGACUUGGAAAUGUUUUAUGAAUUCAAUAUGUACACAUUUUUUUACAGUGCAUUUCAAUGCUAACGGCUAAAUAUUGUACUUAAUCAUUUCUUUAGUUUUUCCUGAAUUUAAAAAAUAAAAAUUGGCAUAAUGGUUAUCAGACAUAAGAGAACUGAAAAUGUUAUAGUCCAUAUGAUUAGUAGGCUAAAAUUUGAAUUAAAUUUGUUUUUAAAAAAAAAAGUUUAUUUUAUGUGAAUAGAAAGUUAAAAUUUGUAUUAAAUUGGUUUUAAAAAAUUGUCUGGGUAAAAUUGUUUUAAAAAAAAAAAGGCAGAAAAAUUAAAUCUAGAAUUUAAAAAACAGAAUAGAUUUGUUGUUUUAAACAAUAAAUAAUUUUCUAUUCCAUAUAAUUAAGACUGUGUGCAUAUAAGACCUUCAUUGUCUUGUUAGCUCAGGCCAAACUGAUCAGCAAUGCCUCCACUAGGGUGGAGGAGAAGAAAACUGUAUCCUAUCCUUUGAAACUGUUCCAGACUUGCAGAUCAGGAGAACCAGGUUUAUGAUCGAAUCAUUGUGCUUUUAUCCAAGCCAUUUAAAAGGGAGGAUCUGGGCUUCUCAAGUUCAUGCUGAAAUAAGAGUUUGAUGUUUUCUUAACAAAGGCAUUGCUUAUGUGAACAACAAUCAAAAACACUUGAAUGGUGAUUUAAUUAAUAUAUGUGGCCCAAUAUAACAACAAAUCACUAAAUUUAUAAUUGCUCUGGUGAAGCUUAUGGAAAUAAUGUCCAACAAAAAAUAAAAGCCUUUUAAUCAUGUUUUGAUGGCACAUUGUUUGCUCAGGGGAUUGACUUUUUCAGAUAGAAUAGUCUAGGGGACGAGUCUAGAAAGAAAAAAAAAUGUUUUGACUCUGAUUUUGUGACAUUAUUGCCAUUUAUGUUCAUUUCCACAUGAGUUCCAUAUGACCAGAAAUGUCUAGCACAAUUUGUGUGCUGUACAUUGUAAGUCAUGUUAGUUGAUCUUCCAGUUGGUAAGAUUUAGUCUGCAUCUUUUUUUUUUAUCGUUCUUAUGUGUGUCAGCUGGUGGUCACUCUAAUAUAUAUAGUUGUAAUAAUAAAAUAAAAGUUGAUCUCACAAUCAAAUGACAAAUGUCAUUUUGCCUGAAUCAAUCAGACUUAAUUAGAUUCACUGAAAACAUAAGCCUUGAUUAAACUUUUUUUUUAAGUCCCUUUAAAAUUUAGAUUUCUCGCUUGAAAAUGUGCAACUGUACAGAAUUUUGUAUGUACUAUGUUAUGUGUAUAUAUCGAAUAAAUAAUCUAUUGGAAUUUGAUAUACAUAAUACAGAAGUGUAAAGAAAAGAGGGUGGGGUGGAACAGACAUCCAAAUUAUAGGAAUUUUUCAACUAAUUUGUCUGUCUUUAGUGUCUGAUAGUUGAUUGAUCUUUAAGAAGUAAACAUCAGCUUAUCAUCAUCUUUUCUUUGCGUUCCUCAAGGAACAUAGGGCCUCAAUCAAGCUUAUAGAAAGACGAAAAAGAAUGUCUAGUGCAACUUUCUACAUAAUAAUUUAUAGAUGUAUCCUAAUACUUUCUUAAGGAAACAUCUUUAAUCUGUUAAUAGUUGCAUGUGAUUAUACUUUUUUUUGGUAGAAGAAACAAGAUAUCAAUUCAUAUUCUUUGAUAUUUAGCUUUUGAAUUAAAAAAAAAACAUCUUGGAGAUACUAAAUUAUAUUUCUAUAGAACUUUGUAACUUACUCUCAUAGCCAGGACCAUAGAGGAAAUGGAGUUAGGUUUACAUACAAUAGUGAAUUUUUGUGUUCUGGUUUUUUUUCUAGUACUAGUCUUGACUCGUCUGUGUAGGCCCAGUUUCCUUGUAUAUCAGAACUAUUUUGCUUUCUUUUGAUGAAAUAAAUGCUCAUAAUAUCUUUUAUUAAUUAAGGAUCAUAAUAUCUGUCAUCAUUGAUCAGAGCAUCCGUUAUUAAAGAUCAUAACAUUUGUUAUUAAAGAUCAUAGCAUCUCUGUUAUUAAAGAUCAUAGCAUCUCUGUUAUUAAAGAUCAUGAUGUCAUGAAA